UGGAGCCAGUCAGUGGUCUGCUGCACUUGAGACUGCCAGAAGAGCUAGUAAACUGGAUGAAGAGGCCAUUGAGGUGGUUGUUUGCCGACACAGAGUGCUAUUGAAGGCCCUCAACAUGUAAAGCGGGGAACUAUUUGCUUAUCUGCUGUUCCUGCAAAAGGCGCUUCAGGCAGCCACAAAUGGACAGUUCUUUUGCAAGGACAUUGCUUGCAAGUAUUGGCCCUACCUUGAAAAGUUGUCGGUCUCCAUGUCAGAACUCAGACCUUUACUGCAGAUUAGGCCAUUCCUUUCUGUCAUGCAUGCCAAGGCGUAUUCAAGCAAGUGUGAGAUAAUCUGGAGUGGCAAAAAUCAAGAGGGUGCUGGCACAACUGCAGGGGAGGAGGUUGAAAUGGUAAACAGCUACCUUUCUCAUUGUGCUCUCACAACCAAGUACAUGAAAACAUCUGAAUCGAGCAAUAUCCUUACAAAGAAGAAGAUUUUUGACGUUUACAUGUCAAAAGUGCAGCUUCAAGAGGAAAAGAUGAUUUUGAUGAGGGAGAUGACACUGCAACAGCCUCAGAAAGCUGGCCUGGAGCCUAAGCAAAAUUAUGUUAGAAAUGUCUUCUGAAUUUUGUGACUUCCAUGACAGCGAGUACAUGGAAAUGCUGCUGCACAUUUCAGUGCGAUGGUUAAGCCUGGAGAGGUGUAUUACACGACUUCUGCGGCAGUAUGGGCCACUUACCAGCUAUUUUAAGUCUUUAAAUGAGAAACAACCAAGGUUUAGAAGGCUGGUGGAUGCUUUUUCCAAGCCCCUGACUGAAGUCUACCUCCUCUUCUUUCAAGCCACUCUGCCAAUGUUCUCCACACUGAACCUCCUCCUCCAGAGAGAAAGGUCUUCCAUCUUUCAGCUCCAUGGAGAGAUGACAAAGUUCAUCAUGAAACUGUGUGCAAGGUUCAUGAAGCCAUUAGCACUACAGGGCCGACAAGUCCAUGACAUCCUCUACAAGGACCCACUAAACCAACUGCCAGGAGAAAAACUAAAUGUUGGCUUCACCACCAGAGCUACCCUCAACAGGCUCCUUGAGGCCGGAGACAUCACACCUCAGGAGGUGCAGCUAUUCCAGCAGGCAGCACUGGCAUUUCUGGUCAGGGCUGUGGAGUACGGAAUCAACAAACUCCCCCUGAAGGAGGCCCUUCUGAAGCAUGCUAAAUUCGUUGACGUGCAGCAGAGGACUGAGUGUGGGGUGGAAGAUGCCCUAUACUUCGUAGACAGAUUUCAGGAACUACUUCCUUUCCAUCAGCCAGAGGAACAGGACAAGGUGAGUGAGGAGUUCCUGGAGUAUCAGCUCAUGGAUAUCCCCAUGCCCCAAGAUCCCACCACCUUUAAUGUUGAGGAGUUUUGGGGGAGUAUGUCCUCAAUCAAGAGCAAGGUGACCAGUUUGAGCCAGUUUGGGAGGCUUUCUAAAAUAGCUGCAUUAGUGUUAGUGCUCCCUCAUUCAAAUGCAGAUGCUGAGAGGGUUUUCUCCAUGGUUGGACUUAACAAAACCAAAACCAGGAACAGCUUGGCACUAGAUGGAACUCUGUCAUCCAUCAUGACAGUGAAAAUGGCUGGCCUGGAACCACAGUGUUUCAAAAGCCCCCAACCCCUGUGCGAAGCGGGCCUCAAAACCUGCUACCAACACCUACAAUAA